UUUCAUUGACCCCCAUCUAGAUAUACUUUAUCCUUUCUCCCUCCUUUAAAACAUUUUUAUAAUCCACUCCUCCUUCUUCGCCUACUUUCAAGCCUCAAAAUAGUCCCAUCUCUCUCUCUCUCUCUCUCGAGUAAAAAAAGCGCAUUUUUCUUUCAAAUCCUGCACCUUUUUCACGCAAGGAAACAAGAGGGGUUUGCCUUUGAUUUUUUGUUUUCUGAACAACAGGAAUUGUUUUGGGCCAAAACCAGAGGUGGGUUUUUGUGGGUUCUUCUUGUUUGAUGCUUCAACUUCGACAAAGCCUCUGAUUUUUCAAAGACAUGGCUUGUUCGUUCAAAACCGGUCCAACCCUUUCUGGGUCCCAUGACACAAUUCUUGGGUCCAAACACAAAGGGGUUUCUCCACCACCUCCCCCCUCCAUAGGCUUCCUCCAACUCAAACAAUCAAAUCCACCAAAUUGUUCCACUCUGGCACAAUCCGUGGGGACUGCGAAAUACCCAACACCACAACCAUCACUGUGUGUGAGCAGAUCUCUGCGUUGGUGGGAGAAAACACUUCAACCCAACAUGGUAGAGAUCCGUUCAGCACAAGAAUUUGUUGAUUCGUUGUUAUUAGCCGGUGACAGAUUGGUCAUAGUUGACUUUUAUUCCCCUGGUUGUGGUGGUUGCAAAUCUCUGCAUCCCAAGAUCUGUCAAUUGGCUGAAUCGAACGAAAAUGCAAUUAUUCUCAAAGUCAAUUAUGAACAGCUGAAGAAAAUGUGCCAUUGUCUCCACAUACAUGUCCUGCCCUUCUUCAGAUUCUACAGAGGGGCUGAGGGCAGGUUGUGCAGCUUCAGCUGCACCAAUGCAACUAUCAAGAAGUUCAAAGAUGCAUUGGCAAAGCACGGGACCGCUAGGUGUGAUCUCGGCCCGGCCAAAGGACUGGAUGAAUCUGAGCUAUUGAGUUUAGCCUCAAUUGGGGAGAUAUCUUUCAACUUGCCAUUACCAUCCACCGGGAAGGAUAUCAUGCAAGAUCUAGUCUUAAAAAACACAGAUUUGUCUGGUGGUUUUGGCAUAUCAGGAAAUAGCAUUAUGGGAAUUGAGGAAGAGGUUUUGGCUUGAAAGCAGAUCCAAGCUUGAAAGCAGCUCCAAAGUCCUAUGAAAGCAGCUCCGAAGUCAUCUGUUCUUGGUUUUUUUUUUUUGGUUUUUUUAGGGCCAUAUGUAUAUAUCAAUUCUUGGGUUUUCCAUAAGCAGGGCUUCUGUUUUUUUGCUGGAUAAGCCCUGCAUAUUUGGUUAAUCUUUCAUUAUCAUUAUCACUCUCAUUAAGUUAUCCUUAUCUUCCCUACUAA